GUGAAGGGCCGCUUCGUCCAGUCCCAGCUGAGAAAACGGGGAGAAAGGUGCAGUUUUGUGUCCCAUUGGGCCAACCAACAACCAAUGUUGGGUGAUGAUUGAAAGAGUCGCGAGACGAAAAAAGCGAAUCCAGCCGAGAGCUGUCACAAUGUGAACUUUGCAGCAUCCGCGUUUCGUGUGUUUUGCUGUUGUUAUGGUUGUGCUGCUGGUGGGCAUGAGCGGGAAGCAAUCGUGCCGUUGUGUUUUGGAAAUAAAUAGUCUUACCAUAUCAUUUCAGUACGGCAAGCAAAGAAAAUGUUUGUCUGAUUAGUGUGAGCUGUAGGUGGUUCGGUCUGGAGUGCGUGGUUCCGGUGCAAGUGUUGAGAAAAAUUGCAAAUUAAAAAGUUAGAUAGUACAACAAGAAGAAAUAAAUACAAUCACUCUAGCUGUGUUUGCCUGCAGUGGGCGGGCGGGGCCAAGUGGCUUCUGGGUGGCAAAAAAAGGUGCCACAGUGCUGGUAAGGUUGAGUUGAUAAGAAGUGUAAACAUCAUCACGAGCACAGCAACGACGGUACACACUUGUUCGCGAGCUUUUGCUGGGCCCUUUUCGUGUGUGCAUUCUGCAGCGUUGUUGUCCCCCUUUAAAAUCGAGCUGCGAGUAUUUGCAGUGCGCGUGUGUGAGUGUGGGCAGCAUCUGUGAACUUGACCGGAAGCGAUAGCCCGAAUCGAUCUCUCCUCGUCGCUUUGAUGCGGCGAAUGUUAGCGAAUGUUUUGUGCGGACCAGUGUAAGGUGAACGGGAUAAAAGAUCGCCGUACGUCGGGUGGAGGACACAGUUAAUUUAUGCUCGUACAUUUGCCUUAGUUCAAGAUGGCUAAGCCACCGACAGAAGACGCAUUAUUCGUCAUCUCGCUAGAUACUGCGAACACUGAUGAUAGUAAGGAUACCGGAUUGGUCAGCUCCGUAGACACCAUCGUGUCCUUUCUUUUCCCCCUCUGCGACCGUCCGUACAGCGAUGACAUCUACAACUAUCGCAGCCGUUGUUGCACCGUCAGCGCCAACGCUGGUGGCACCCACUACCACAGCACCGUGUCGUUCUUCCGUACCCGUGGUUUCGAUUCGCAGUGUUGAUCUACCGAACACCGCUGGCGACGGUAUAGGAGGCAAUACCAGUGGGGGUCGCUUGAUACGCAGAAAGGAGUUUCUAUCCGAGACAAACCGUACAACAUCGCUGAAAACACUGUCGUGUGAUUUGAGUGAGAUACUGGUGAAAAAUCUAAGCUUGAGACGCAGUGAAACAUCCGAACGGCGCCCGCACGCGGACACACUCGACGUGCUGUCGGCAGCGUCGUCAGGUACGGUGCAGCAACACUCACAGUGCAGCAUCAUCACUGCAGGAAGUGGUGGCACCGACUGUGUUGGUAGUAGUAGUGGUUCCAGCGUUUGCGCGGUUGAUAGUGGCAGCCGUACGCAAGGUACGCUGUGCGAUACGUUCACGUCGGUGAACAAGUUCAUUCGGUUGAAACGCGUUUCGAGUGAUGGUAACAAUCUGAGCCGGCUGUCCGCGGUAGUCACGACGAAUGCCGGCGGUGGUGCGAACUAUACCAAAAUCGUAGACCAGCCUGUGCCGGGCAAACCGCCGCCCGGGUCUUUUAAGCGGGUGGAAAUAAGUGUGUGUGAACGAGCGCCCAGUAAGAAACCAUUUGGCCACAGCGCUCAACCCACCGUGUGUGAAUCUGAGUCCGAUAGUGGUGAAGAAGAAGAAAGUAGCAACGAAUUGUCGAAAGGCGGGGUAGUGCGCAAAAGUGUCAUUGUGAACCAGCUCGAUCAAGUGGACGAGCACUGUCCGCUGCUAGUGGUGGAUGAAGAUGGCCGUGCACCGACCAUAGCACUUCAGAAGAAGAAAACGACCCUGGUAUUUACGAGAAAAAAAGUUCCGGAAGGUACUAGUAGUGCGACAGCGACGAUCGCCCGUAGAUCGAGUGAUCGCGAUUUAACGUCAUCCGCUACCGGUUCUGCGUGCGGUGCAUCCAAAGUGCUUCUUCGUCGCCGUGUGCGAUUAAGUGGGGAUUGGUUGGGGAAAAGUGUAGAAACUAGUGAGAAACGGGAAGUGAAAAGGCGUAGCUUGCAGUGGCCAAUCGGUGUAUCGUCUGCUGCUGGUAGCAGUGAUAACAGAACGGCACAGUUCAGCGACGUGCUCGAGUGUGGACGGCGAAGUAGUGGCACAACGCCAAACAAAUUUCGUCACUCCUGGAACGCACCGGGAUACGACAUUCUCGAAGAAGAAUCUGGCCUAGGAGGAAAGGGUGAACAUUUAGGAAAGGAUUUUGCCUCUAUCAUUCACAACCUGGCUGGGCUAAGGAGUCACCACCUUGCGAAUGGGACACAUGAGUCCGUGUCCCUGCUCGAGCAGCACUCGCCUCAGAUUGUGCCGUCGAGGGCAACACGUCCUACCUCACUCGGGGGCUCCGGCCAGGGGCUCCGACGGGGUCCAACGAGCUGGAUCCAAUCGUCCCCGCUGGUGCCCACGAGUGGGGUAGGUACGGUAGGUAUGGUCAGUGGUGUUGCCGGUGGUGGCAAUGGCGAAAGCAGCCCGCACACCGGUGCACUGAGCGGUGGUCCGGUACCUCGCAAGCGGCGCUUUGAAGCAUUUCUCAAGAAUCUCGUCUGGUGGCCAUCGAAAGAGCCACCACCGGCAGCACCGCCACCACCACCGCCACCACUGCUCAGCUCGCCGGAAAUCAAAAUCAGCAAGAGCCCGUCCGAGCAAAAUCUUGCCGAAAUAACGCGCAGCCGGUUGAACAUCUCAACCACCUCGCUGUCAUCCGUGCAUCAGAAGCUGUGGUCGGUAGUGCCACUGCUGAAGCGAGACGUUAGCUGCAACAGUCUAGCGUCCCCGAAAACGACGCCUCUACUGCUGGAUGGUCAGAUGGCGUCCUCUGGCGAGUGUACCGGUGGUCCUGGAUUGCUCACAAUCGGUGGUCUGAAGGGUACCGGCGGUCCCGGCGGGUUGCGAAAGUGUGAAACCGUGCUGGCACUCACAAACGCAACCUCCCAAACGUUGGAACCGAUACGGCCGCUUAAUCGGCUGCGUAACUGCGCCUCGGUAGCAACCUGUUCCCGUUGUUCUAGUCUUCUUUCACUGGCCGCUGCUGGUUCGCGCUACUCGCUCAACGCCUCCAACGGUGCGUUCGUGCCCGUAUCCUCCGGCGGGUCGCACGAUGAAAACGACCCGCCUGAUGUACCGAAACCGAAAAAAGCUUCACUCGAUGGCGUCUCGAAGCGGAAGUACGUGGGCAAUCUGCUGCGGUUAACGACCACCAGCUGCUCCUCAUCCAGCUCCUCCUCGGGCGCGUCGUCGCCCAGCUCAUCAGCCACACCGUCGUCAUCCUCGUCCGGGGCCUCGUCGCCGAGCCCAAACUCCGCAACCGGUAGUCCGGCCGGGGCAUCUGUCUCGUCCAAAACCGUUAUGUUUGCUCCUAGUCCCACGCAGCAGCUGGUACCGGUAUCACCGAUCAACAGCAGCAGCACGCUGACAACGACAAAGGCCUUAACGCCUACGAUUAAGUUCACCUGCAAACUGUGCCUUGGAGAGUUCAGUGCCGAGAACCUGACACGUAUCACGCAGUGUGCUUGCUCGUUCUGCACCGAGUGCAUGACGGCCUACAUCGAGUUUGAAAUUUCCGAGGGUGCGUACGAAGUGUCCUGUCCGGAUGCCAUGUGUCCCGCCCAGGGUAUCAUAACGAUUGCGGAAAUAACCGCACUGGCAUCAUCGUCCCUGGUGGAGAAGCACCACCGUUAUCGACUGAAUAGAGAGGUAGAACUGGACCGAUUCCGAACCUGGUGCCCAAAAGCGGGCUGUGAAACAAUUUGUCUCGUCGGUGCAACGGAACAGCAGGCAGGCCAGGCAGGCACUAACCAAACCGGCUCCACGGUCUGUACCGAUCGAAUCGUGCCACUGUCACCAUCGUCCUCCAGCAUGCCGUCACCCUGUGCCGUACACUGUCCAACGUGUCGAGAGGAUUUCUGUUCUGGCUGUAAGAAGACGUGGCAUCCAACGAUGUCUUGCGAGGAGAAUUCGCGCCGCCUGGCGGUGGACGGCCAAACGGACGCUUUGGGCAUCCCGUUCGACAAUGAUCUCAUCAAAUGCUGCCCGAUGUGCACCGUCCCGAUCGAGAAGGACGAGGGCUGCGCGCAGAUGAUGUGCAAACGCUGCAAACACGUCUUCUGCUGGUACUGUCUCGCUAGUCUGGACGAUGAUUUCCUUCUCCGCCACUAUGAUAAAGGACCGUGCAAAAACAAACUCGGCCAUUCGCGUGCAUCGGUCGUGUGGCACCGGGCACAGGUGAUUGGAAUAUUUGCCGGGUUCGGCAUACUGCUGCUGGUGGCUUCGCCGCUCCUUCUGCUGGCCGCUCCCUGUAUCGUGUGCUGCAAGUGUCGCAUCUGCAGCGGUGCGGCCAAGCUGGAAGAAACCGAGGUCGACUAUGAUGAUGCGGCCGUCGCCCUUCACAGUACCAGCGGGCUGCAGCGAUAAGUGGGACAUUUAGGAGUGCGGGCUAUAUACGUGUGCUGACGUCGUUUUGCGCUUCCGAACCGAAAGGUUUAAACCGACACACGUACAACAGUAGCUUAGUGGGACGGAUUUGACGGACGUUUGCUUACGGGUUAACAGAUACUAGAACCUCACGUACCUAGUUGAUGUUUUAGUCCAACGACAAUUGCAGACACGAGGACGGGUGGUUUUUAUUUUUCAAAGUUUGAUUUCUGUGUGCACUACAGUAUUGCGGACUUUCCGUUUGGUGUUGUUGUAGACUGCAAAAAACAAAUGGUUUCCGCUGCCCUACCACACAACAAAUAGUGGUAAUAGUGAGUUUCAUUUAGAUUUGCGUUUAGUACACAACGUUGUACAACACAACCCAGUGGAAGUGAUCAUGCUAGUACCGUCUACCGUGUAUCUUCCAAACCUCGCUCGCUAGCAAAUGAAAAGAUUAAUGAAACGAGCAUUCCGAAGGGGAAAAUGGGGGAAAAGCGAAUUGAUCGAGGUGCUUUCAUGUGUUGCGCAUGCCAACGGAAAAGGAAACAAACAACUUAUUCGUUUAUUUUGCUAGCAAAUGGAACUAAUUUCCCAUGAUUUGAUUGCUGGUGUGAAUAGAAUAUAAAUAUAUAUAUACAAAACCUAUAUCUAUAUACAGAAACAACAGCAAACCAGAGAAAGUAAAAACGUAAGCGUAAGCACAAGCAUUCGGCAAGCAUUAAAUGAGUAAUAAAGGAAUUGUGAUAUUUACAAACGUGAUUGUUUUGCAGUUUGCGCAAAAUGCAUUGAUCAUCGGUGAUCAUAUUGGUGUCCGGGUGGUGAAAGCUUGCAUCCCGUCUCUCAAUAUAUUUACUUGGGUGUUCUGUAACACAUGGGUGUUGUAUCGUAUGGCCACCCCGUCUGAAAUCUGGCCGGCAGUGUGUGUGAAGCACAUUCGAAAUGCUUCACAAUGCGCCACCGUUGUACUUAUGCGUUGAACUGCAGACCCAUCUUAUUAUCUGUGUGUUGUGUGACGAAACCGAGUGUAAGUGAAAGAAGAAGGGCGUCAGGGAAAAACAGCGCAUGCAUCGAAACACAAGCUAGUUGUGGAAUGUUGUGGUGUAGGUUAACAACACGCAAAACCCCACAACCAAACUGGAUGCAAAGCAGCAGAAGAAAAACAACAAACCCCCACCCGCUGCAGGGUGUUUAAAAUAAAUAAGAAAAGUCAACCCGUUGUAGUUAAAUUAUUCAAUUGUACCGUAUAUUAGGAACGUAUAUUUUAACGCGUGUAAAGGCAAACCAAUCGUAUAAUGUACAAAAGAACGAGGAAUUGCUUAUCCUUUUCCCUCCCCCCUUUCAGUACUUAUAGGCAGUAGUAGUAGUAGUAGUAGCAGUAAGGGAGAUUUACUAAGUAAAUAAGUAUAAAUGAGAGAAAUAAGAAAACAAAUCUUAACGGUUGCUUUGUAUGUGCAUGUGUUUGUGUGUGGGGAUCGUGGAAUGGACACGUUUGUAAAAAUGAAGUAAACUUAUUCGUGUCCUUCCUUUCAAAGUGCAACCCAGUUAAAAGAAGCUUUACUGUGCUAACCGAACACCAUUGAGACAGUAUCCAAGUGUUGUUCAUUUUAUGUGAAACAUGCUGAAAAAAGUCCAAGGAGAGCGAGACACACACACACACACAUGU